AUGGAGAAAGCGUGGGGUCACCUGCAGCGCGAAGGCCUCACCAACAAAAAAUCAUGGAAGACGCUGUGGAAGACCGCCCUGGUACAAUUACCGCGGGCCGUUCCGAUGGAGGCCUUGUACAUCACGAACCCCAACGGCCCGCAGCCCUUCAAGCUCGAUCUGCCCUCACGGCAACCGGGCCGGAACAUCACUCUCUACGUCUUCAUCCCCCCGGUGCGGUUCCCACCGCCGGGUUCCGACAGCGUCGAGCCGACCCCGAACUCGUUCCCGGUCGUCAUGGACUACCACGGCGGAGGAUUCUACCUCGGCUCGUGCCUCGAGCAGGCGCCGUUCUGCGCAAAGCUCUGCCGUGAGCUGGAGGCCAUCGUGAUCGGCGUCGACUACCGGCUCGCGCCGUUCGACAAGUUCCCCGCGCCGCUUGAGGAUGCCGAAGAUGUAGUGAUGGCGCUGUUCCAGCCUACGUACCCCGGCUACGCAGUGCUUCGGCAGGCCAUCCCCGACUUCUUCCGCGCGCACUGGUACGAGUCGCUCGGCACGCGGGAGGAGCGGAGGAAGGACAAGGUCCCCAUGCCUCCGACGCCAACCGUCCACCUGGACACAUCGCGGAUAGCGUUCAGCGGCGCCAGCAGCGGCGCCAACAUAGCCCUCAACAUGGCCCUCAACGUCCCGGCAUGCCUCGGAAUGCCAGAAUGGCCAUGUCCGGUUCCGCCAGACUACCCCUCGCAGAUCCCGCUCCUGCUGCUGUACCCGAGUCUGGAUCUGCGCCAGCUGCCGAGCGAGCGCUUCCGCCGGGAGGGGCUGAAGCCGCUGAAACCGAAGGAGAAGCGCAUCGACAUCGACGACCACCUCGCAUCCACGUACGUCAGCCGCGACCUAGCCGCGCAUCCGCGCGCCUCGCCCGGACUCCUGGACACGAGUAAAUACCUACACGCGCAGGCCAAGAUCCUGCUGAUCUUGUCGGGCCUCGACACGCUGUGGGAGCAGAGCGAGAUCUGGACCAAGAAGGUCGAGGCUGAGGGCCGCUCGAAGGACAUGAAGACCAUGCGCUACGAGGAUCGCAAGCACGGCUGGACGCAGAUACCCGAAAUUGCGCUCUCCAAGGAGGAGCGCAAGACGCGGCUCGAGGUGCUGGAUGAGUGCGUGCGGUUUGCGAGUUUGAGCUGGGCGGGUCGCGACCCGGUGCUUGUCAUGAACUUGGAGAACGGCAGCGAGGUCGAGGCGCAGGGCAAGCCGAACAUGAAGCAUUUGGAGGAUGACUAUACUGCAUAG